AUGUACGGUCAUCCGAACAGGAUAAUUGAAUCCCUUUUGUUCAACAAAGCAAAGCAAAAAAGUGAACCAUCCACGACGGGAUCUAAUUCACUGUCAGCUAUUCGAUAUUCGGAAUUUCACGUGAACAGUUGUUUGGACUCUGUCGUUCCUCGCCCAACUUGCCACGUCAACAAUCAAUGUUUCUGCUACAAAAAUGCGGCGGACUGCACAACCUGUAGUUCACAGUGUACAGAAGAUAGUGAUAUAUUCUAUCUGACGUCAUCGGAAUCAAGAUCACAUGCCGGAUCUUCUUCUGAAGAUGGAUCUUCGUUGGAAGCUGAAGUGGAUGAUUACCGUGAAAAAGUCAACGAUAGCUCAGGAGUUUUCAAUAUUCCGGCUCUUCAUGAAAUCGACGAUCUCAUUGAUAUACUGAAAACUAAAACGAUGGAAUAUCGAGAAGAGUUUGAGAAACUGGCAGAAACGUUUGGUCAGAUGCUGACAAUAGUUGGAUUUCAAAAAGCUGUGCUCAAUGACAAACUUCAAUACGUAGAAUCUAAAAUUUCUGAAGAAGAAUUCACAGUACAAAUUGAAAAUAUUGAAAACGAGGAAAUCUCCGUUGAAGUGAGUCAGAAGAUGCUAGACAUGGGCAAGGAGGAAUUUGCAAGUCUUCGUAGUGACUAUCUGAAUAGAUUGAUACAUGAAGACAUUAUGAAAUCCAACAAAAUGCGAAUUGAGGAGAUGAAGGAGCGACUGGAGACAAUGAGGAGAAUCGACGAGGACCCAGAACCGUCAAGAUCUUUGGAGCUGGACUUGAACAAAAUUCUGGACGACGUCUCAACAGGUCGAUCGUUUUGUGAGCCCACUUAUUCAUUAAUCAACGCAUUUUUCGUCUUCCAGGUCUCGAAGAUUUGUGACCAAUGCUAUUGUUCAUCACUGUCAGAUCCAGAAAGCCGACUCAAGUGA